CGAAAGCACUAAGCAGAACACACACAGUAGAGCAAGAGCGCCGACCAGCUCUAUUCGACUUUAUUACCUUCGUAUCUAACGAGGAACUAAAAGCUCAACCACCGAGCUCUACUGCUGAAUUGUGAAAACAAUUACGGAAAAAAUCUCACCCAACAAACCAUUAGAUGCUAUUUUAGGCAUAUGUUCUGCUUGAAGGUUUUCCUUGUUCGUUGAUCUGCACAAUGGUUAGAGGUGACUAUUAGCGAUUCUUGAAUAAAUCUGAAGGUCUUUGGGGAGGUCACUGGUUAGAGGUGAUUAUGGCCGAUUCUUGAGUACACCUGAAGGUCUUUGGGGAGGUCCCUUUUGGGAUUUUUUCUCGUCCUUGGGAGGUUUAAUGGCUGAAGGUAUCUGUAUUGUAGCUAAAGACGCCAUAGUUAUAAAACCUCCCAAGAAAUCGCCAGCUUCAUUGCGGAAGUUAGUCUUAGUGUUUGCAAUUUUUUGUGGUGCUUACAUUUUCUCAGUAUGUCUCAAGCAGACUAUUGGCCACACCAGCAGUUCCAAGUUCAUAAAUUUCGACGUUAAUUGGACCAAUUGUCACAAUCACGACAUCGAUAGAUCUCGGGUUCCUUAUUUGCACUAUCCCAAACCAUCUAUGUUUAGCAGGGCUGAGUGCGCAUGUAAUCCCGUGCGGCUUUUCGUGAUUCUAACCAUGCAAAGGUCCGGUAGUGGGUGGUUUGAGACUCUCUUGAAUAGCCAUACAAACAUGAGUUCAAAUGGGGAGAUAUUCUCUUCCAAAGAGAGGAGAAGUAAUGCCUCUUCAAUAUUUUCGACCCUCGAUAAAGUUUACAGCUUGGACUGGUUUACCAGUGCUUCCAAGAAUCAGUGCUCAGCGGCAGUUGGCUUCAAAUGGAUGCUUAAUCAGGGAGUGAUGGAGUACCAUAAAGAAAUCACGGAAUACUUUAACGAUAGGGGCGUUUCGGUAAUAUUCCUCUUCCGGAGAAAUCUUCUGCGCCGGAUGGUUUCGGUGCUCGCGAAUUCUUACGAUCGGUACGCGAAACUACUGAAUGGGACACAUAAAUCCCAUGUUCAUUCGCGUGAAGAGGCUGAGACUCUCUCCAGUUAUAAACCUGAGAUCAACUCAACGUCACUGGUGAUGGAUUUAAAGCUCAUGGAGAAGAUGGCCUUUGAGGUUGUGGAGAAUUUUAGCAGCACUAGGCACAUUAUUCUGUAUUAUGAAGAUCUCGUUAAAAACCGAACUAAACUUGUAGAAGUGCAGCAAUUUCUAGGGUUGCCUGUGAUGGAGUUAACAAGCCGACAGGUGAAGAUACACCGAGGUUCAUUAUCAAAUCACAUCAAGAAUUGGGCUGACGUUAAAAUGGCUCUCAAUGGAACAACUUACGAGAGAUUCCUCCAAACCGACUACACUAUUUAGAGGUCCACGAAAAUCGUUGGGAUGCAAAAACCAAAUAUUUUUUCUUACAAGAAUCUGUAGACUUCAGGAUAGAAAAUUCAGGCAGGCGAUCAAUCGGACGUUGAUUUCACUGUCAAGAUCAUUGGCCUCUGGUAAACACCAUCAUUUUCACCCCCUUUUUUUAUUUCUUAUUUUUAUUUUAUUUUUUGUGUAUGUGUGUGGUCUUUUUUCAUUACAUUCAAUCAUUUAGGAAUGUAAAUAGCCAGUGUAAGUCAUCUGUUUUUGUACACAUUGCCAAGGGAAUGUGAAACUGAAAUCUGAAAGUAGUUCAAGGCGUCCUUGUUUAUGUGUUGUGUUCACUGUCCAGCUAACAAUUUUUUCUUUUUAGUAAUUCUUUUUGUAUUUUGUUUUAAGUUGGCCAAUGGGUUUUAGUGUCACUUUGUAAUUAUCUUGAAAUUCUGAAUCUUAUUAGUUCCACCAGUUGUGUGAAGAUAAUAUGCAUGGGAUAUCGCUUCUUGGUUGCUGUUAGGCAGGUCUAACGGUGAGGUAGAUGCAAUUUGUAAUGAAUAUGUAUACUUUUAUAAACGAAUGUUACAUUUUAAAAUAUAACUUAGAAGUAUGACAAUUUAUCAUAUAAAUAUACACUUUUGUUCAAAAAGUAUUACAGGUUGACCUGUCUAAUGAUUAGGUUGUUUCA